AUGUUGGCCACAGCUUCCUUGCACCACCCGACCAUGCGAGACUUGGAGCAAGAACUGAGAGACACCCUCGACCGUCUCCACGACAGCAAUGGAGACCCCAUCGAGGGUCUGCAUGUUCUUACCAGGAGAAUGGACAACGAAGACGAGGAGCAGUUUGAUGUCGAUUUGACCAUCCUGGACUUUCUCGUCUACAAAGCCACCGGUAUCGUCUUUGAAUGGAGGGCCAGUGCUGACCCGUUUCAUUCGGACCUGCCAAGUGCCUUGGUCACUAUGACCGGAGCAUUCCGCUCAAGGCUGCUUCAGUUCUUGCUCAUUUUCACACAUCGCCUUCAACACGAUGAGACCUGGACUAACGAAGAUUCCUUGGCCGAGCUGCGUGACCAGAACAAGAGCCGUGGAGAGUACUGGCAGCAACGGACUGACCACCCCGCUGCUUUACAGAAGCCUUUCGACCUUGAAAAAGAAUUCCCGCUGUCCGAUGGGGCACUGUUCGAGAACAGAAACGAUUUGGCUUCUGCCCUAAACAUGCCCCGCGACCAGCGGAGAUGGGUGACCGACAUGGCAGGGACGCCAUCGUUGCAUUGUCUAUUACCACUCUUCAUUGAGCUGACUGCUGCGCGAGUAAAUUUGGACGACGACUGGGUGCCAACCUCGGAGUGGCUGGACCUGGCUGGACAAUUCAUGAUGCAAGCCGCGAUUGAUGACUAUCUCCGUAAUGGGGCAUAUGGACCAGAGACGUUCAACACAGUCUUCGCCUUCGGUCGACCCGGUCCGCGAUGGGCAGAGGAAGGUUCAGAUGUCACAGCCAUGCGACGGCUCUUCUGUGACGACAGUGACCCACGCCAGGAGAUCCGUGGAUGGGCUGACACCAAGCGGCGGUACAUCAACGAGCUCUUGCCCAAGAAACCUUCGCAGACUUCAUUGCAGGCUAUACAAGCAGCACAAACGCGGCAUCCUUAUCGUGCGUUUGAGAUGCGUGUACUGUCAUUCCUGGAGCAUCUUCACCGCGGUCUCGUCAAGCCAGAUCUUGCCCAAGUUGAGGAAGGUCGCAUCAAUAUCGAUGGCAACGAGCUAUCAGAAGCUGACUCGCGAGAAAUGAUACGAAGAAUGGGUCUGUGAACCACUCUCUUCGACAUGCGAGUCCCUUUCUACUUUGUCCCCCAUCUCUCCAUUGGCACACACCUUGCCCAUAUGACACUGUACCAUGCUUUCCGGCAUCUGCCCUUCUUGAUUAUAGUUUGUUGACGCCCCUGCAUGACUGGCCGAUCAUCUGCACUGUUGUCUAUGGAGUUUCUUUUUGGCACCAUUUCUUUUUGUAGUCUUUUUUUUCUUGGUGCCACUUUGCGAACUUAAAAGUAUACCCAUUAGCGCUCAAGCUCGGCGACCAAUAUCACUAAAACACC